GCCCAAAGAGUCGUCCACUAUAGAGGAGCAGCAUCAGAUCGGUUCGGUGAACAGCAUGGAGCGUCCCUCUCUCCCUCCUCCUCCUCCGGCAGGACGUCUUUCCCCGACUAAACACAGCGCCGAGUCGCUCUGUGGACCGGGAAGCAAAAAAGACUCUGGCUUCAGCUGCUUCUCCAGCAACCCCAGCCCUCCGUUUAACGACCCCGGCACAUCUGAGAGGAAGGGUACCACCAGCACGGAGAACAUUUUCUUUAAAGGCCCUCCGAGUGAAAGGCCUCCCCCACGAUACCUGCAGCCCACACUGGGGAACGGAGGAUGGGAGGGGUCGAGAGGCGAGGAAACCCCUUCCUCUCGGGUCUCCGUCGCUAUGAGAGCCAACAUGGGCCCCGUGUGGCAGGUACCAGAGAAGAAGAAGUCCCAGUCCCCUCCUCCUCCCCCUCCUCCUCCACCUCCUCUGCGCAGCGACAGCUUUGCAGCCACGAAGGUGUUUCCUUACUCAGAAGCAAAAACCCACGGCAGGUCGUUUGAGAAACUGACAGAGAAUAACAACCAGAAUAGCCUCAGAUCCCACCAGGAGAAAAGCACUGAGGCCAGACGUAGCUUAAACCCCCUCCCCACCAAAGACUUCAUCCACCCUAAAACAGCAUCUGACCACAACCACAACCAGCUGCCCCCCGACAAACUCUUCUCCCUGUCCAGUAAUGAUGUCAGGCAGGCUCACUACACCCAGAUACCUGCCCACCAGAGGCAAUACAGCGACGAAAGCCCGCUCUACCUGCAGAAAAGGUCAGCUCCCCCCACUAAGAUCCAGAGCGUAGGAAGCUAUUAUCGCAGCCUUCAAGAUCUGCCAACGAGAGCUUUCAGCCGCAAACACGUCCGGCACUCCACAGCAUCCGUGGCUAACCCAAACCUGGAGAACGGGUGGAGAAACAGAUACUACGGCCUGGCAAACAAGCAUCCUGUUCAGAGUGCUGAGCUGCAGGCGAGGCAGGGGAAGGCGGAGGGCUGGAGGGGGGAGACGGAGAAACCCCACAGGGUGAGCAGCUGUGAAGCAGGCUUCCUAGGGUCCAACGUUAAAGCUAAAUACCCUCUACCUCAGUCCCAGCUGCCUCACAGCGGCAGUCACUCCCAUCAGGGAGAACUCUCCAUUACAAGCCGCAGCUUAGAGGACGCUGCAAAGAGAGGUGAUGCAAGUGACACUAAGAGAUACUUCCCGACACAUCAAAGUAAUGAUCAUAAGACCAGGCACCAAGACCCGUGGGUGCCUCAGGAAGACCACAGGAUAUCCCCCCUGAAAACGCCUCUCCUACACUCCCUGGCCCAGGAGGGCAGGAGUCUGACGGCGAGGCAACCAUCCGCUCAGCCGCAGGAGGCAGGCGACAACAUGGCGUCCAGCGGUGGAAAGUGUAUCCGCCGCAGCGACCGCUACGCCACCGUCCUCCGAAAUGAGAUCCAGCAGAAGAGAGCCCAGCUGCAGAAGAGCCGCAGCGCUGCAACGCUGACAUGUGAAGCCGAGGAUGAGGAGGCGGAGGAGUGGAGAUCCACGGAGACUUCUGGGGUCUCAAACACCUACAAGGACCACCUGAAGGAGGCGCAGGCGAGGGUCCUGCAGGCCACUUCCUUCCAGAGACGAGACCUGGAGCCUCUCGGACCAGAAGCGACGGUGGUGAAAACCUCAAACGGACGCAUCAGAGGACGCAAGCGCUUCCCUCUGGCCAAAAGGAUGCACUCCUUCUCAGAGCCUGACCAGAUAGACAAACUGGGAGUGGGAGGAGAAGCUCAAGCGGGGUCUUUCGGAGACAGGAAGAAGUUAUUUGAAGCCAAACCGGUGUUUUCUAGGCCUGUACUGAAACCCAGUCAGGGGUCAAACCUGAACACGGACCUUGUUGAGAAACAGAACGAGAGAUCUGGAGAGUCGGAGGAUGCUCUCAUAUCCACAGAGCUGGAACGCCUCAGCCCGGGACUCACGCAGGUCUUACUGGAGCAGCAGAGGCUGGGGACCUUCGCUGAGUACCAGGCAACGUGGAGCAAACAGAAGAAGUCCUCGGAGGCCAAGACGCAGGGCAGGUAUCACUCAGCGGAGAACAUCCUGGAUACAGAAGCAGAGGAGAAGCCCGUGUGCAUCCACGAGAGGUCCAGAUCUUCUCCCUCUGCAGACUUCUACACGCAGAAUAUUCCUUCACCAUGGAUCGACCCUCCCAGCCAGCAGAGCAGUAACAG